AAGAUGAUGAUGAUGAUGCUGUGAUCGCGGCUGUAAUCUCGUGGGUUUAAUCGCUCAGUCUCCAGUUGUUCCGGUGUUCGAUCGGCGGUGAAUGUGAAUGAUCCGAACAGCAGCAGCGGAGCCGCUCGUCGCGUGUUCCGGUGGUUCCGGUGUGACUGAGGGCGCCAGUGGGCAGAAGCGGUGAGUCAGUGCGCGGCGGACGGAAGAUGGCAACCGAAGCGCCGCUGCCCGUGACCGAGCGCCGCCGUUGAACCGGAGAACGGACGCGAUCCCUGUGAGAUGGACGUGAGGACGAGAACUCAACACGGCGACAAAAUCACGAGAAACCGUUUCGCAUUCGACACAGAAGCGGCCGCGUUCGGCUCUGGCGCAUUUUCUGAUCGCGGCGCAUCAUCCGCGGCGCUCAUUUAACGAACAUCACGGGAUUUUCACCGAGAAACACUAAACGCUGUGGGCUUUACAUACACGGGACAGCGAAAGACGGCGCUGACAUUAUUCCAUCUUCACCGAUAGCGAAGAAAAAGAAGAAAACAUGAGCGAGCAGAGCAUCUGUCAGGCCCGCGCCUCCGUCAUGGUCUACGACGACACCAGCAAAAAAUGGGUGCCGAUCAAACCGGGUCAGCAGGGCUUCAGUCGAAUCAACAUCUACCACAACACGAGCAACAACACGUUCCGCGUGGUGGGAGUCAAACUGCAGGACCAGCAGGUGGUCAUCAACUACUCGAUCGUGAAGGGUCUGAAGUACAAUCAGGCCACGCCCACCUUCCACCAGUGGCGUGACGCGCGGCAGGUGUACGGACUCAACUUCGCCAGUAAGGAGGAGGCCACCACCUUCUCCAACGCCAUGCUGUUCGCCCUCAACGUGCUCAGCAGUCAGGAUGGAGGUCCAGCUGUUCAGCGUCAAGUCCAGAAUGGGCCGAGUUCAGAAGAGCUGGAGGUCCAGAGACGACAAAUGGAAAUGCAGCAGCAGCAGCAGCAGAUGCAGGCGCAUAUUGAGCGGGAGAGACGAUCGUCCAACUCAGGUUCCCCGUUUCAGGGUCACCCCGCGGUGCUGUCCGUAGCUCCUCCCAGUGUGGCUCCGCCUCCUCUGUCGAUGGGCGGUCCCUGUCCUCCGCCUCCUCCCCCGCCUGGGCCGCCGCCCCCCUCUGCCGGAGCCCCGCCCCCUCCUCCGCCUCCUCUACCUGUGGGUGGGUACGGAGGUCACGGGGGUCACGCGCAGGACGACAGUCAAACCCCGACGGGUCUCGCCGCCAUGAUCGCCGGAGCCAAACUGCGGCGCGUGCAAAGGCCGGAGGAAAACUCUGCGUCCGGAGCCAAAAACGAAGCCAAUCGGACCAGCGGAGGAAGCGGAGGUCUGAUGGAGGAAAUGAACGCGCUGCUCGCACGCAGACGGAAAGCGGCAGAUGAAAAGAAGGAUGGAGAAAGCCAAAAUGAUGAUCCCGCGUCCCGUGGACAGAACGCCGCAGAUGGUGCGAAGAAGCCGUGGGACCGAGCGAAUUCGGCCGAGAGAUCAUCACUGGUGUCCAGGGUUCGACCCGUGGGCAGCAUCAGCGACUCAGACGCCUUAGACUUCGACAGAAUGAAACAGGAAAUCUUGGAAGAAGUCGUUCGUGAAUUGCACAAGGUGAAGGACGAGAUCAUUGAUGCCAUUAGACAUGAACUCAGUAGAAUCAGCACGACAUAAUGUCCAUCCCGCGUCCUCCCGAACCCCUGCAGAUCCUGCUGUAGCCGAUCAGAGCCGACGGCGCACGUUACAGCCGUAUUAAAGCGGACGGACGGACGGAAGGACGGCGUCGUCGUUUUAACACGUCUGCAACGUUGAGGAACCCUGAGCUUAGAUGUGAUGAUGAAGGAAGGACACUUGCACUGAUCUUACUGUUUCUGGUGUUCGUUGGUUUUGGUGGCAGUCUUUUCAAAGUCUUUUGCAGAAACUGAAGAAAAUACAACAAACAUCUGGAGUCCUUUUAUUUUGUCUGCAUUAUUAUUGCUAUUAUUGUUAUUAUUAUUAUUAUUUUAGGUAUAGCUGUAGUAGUAGUAGUGUUUUCAUGUAGGUAGAGGUAGACGUAGGAAUUAAUAAUAAUAAUAAUGAUGAUGCUAAUAAUAUCUUUUAUAUUUUUAUUGUUUUCAUUUUCCUUAAGAUUCAUCACAAGCACAUUUCUCAUUACCUCUGUUUUUUACGUGUUUUUUUUUAAAAUCCUUUUUGCCAUAAUGACGUAUUGAAUCACCGAGCGGGGUUUUUUAAUGCGUUUGACGACGCGUAGGCUGUUCUUGACUUAUUAUCUAAUGAACAAACAUCACACACCAGAGUAUUUGUGAUCAUGUUGUUAAUAAAAUGUUUAUUGGCUGCGAGGACAUGGUGAAGUAUUGUUCUGUUUUAUGAUUUCUCUUUUUGACCAAGUGCUUCCUGGUUUGAAAAAAAAAAUAAUAAAAGAUAUACAUGACAUUUAAAAAGAAGUGAAAUAAACUGUGAAGGAUGUGUUGGA